CAAAGGCAGUCGCCUCUGGGGAGGGAAAGGGACUUGUGGCGGCGCUGGGACUGUCCCCCCAAGGGGAUGAGGGAGCGCUGCUGUUGGCUGUAUGGAAGUGGACGUUGGACCCAGUGCCCGGCUGUCCUUGCAGUGGGACGCGGUAGUCAAACCACAUAUUCCACUAAUAAGGUUCCCUGACAGAAAAGACAACCCCAAACUGAGUGUACCAGAAUCUUUUAAGUCAUCAGUGCUUCCAUCUCACUCUUCUGCAAUGUCACAGCAUUCUGUGGGUGGUAAAUCACCAGGUUUGCCAAUGAAUCGUGGUCCACCAGACACUGCUGAUAUAGUAAAAACAUUACCUCAGAAAUACAGGAGGAAACACUUGUCUCCAGAAGAGAUUGAAUUUAUUCAGCGUGGAGGUCCAGAGUAAUCACUGACAAGCUUAUUAUUUAUGAUUGUCAGACUUAGAGUGGUUGUCUUCACAAUAAAGGCCUUCAAAAAUGACAAAUGUUAAAUUGUAUAUGAAGCCAAUAAUAUAAGAUUCUGUAUAAAAUGAAGGGUAGAAAAUUUAGAUAGACAUUUAUAUCUUCCAAUUUGUUUCUAAGUCAGCUUGUCUAUAAGCUAACCUGAGGGUUUGAGUUGCUAUUUCAUAAAGUAUAGGAACUUUUUGUAAUUUAGUUAGCUGGUUUACUUUUGAUUUUUAGUUAUCUCUAAUAUUUAUCUGUUAAAAGCUCGGGUUUUAAUUUCUAGUAACAUCAGAUUUCUCAUAAUUUUCCAUUGUUUUUAUUUCUCUUUAGUAAUGGAAAGUACUGGACAGGUAGAUUUGUUGUUUUAGGAGAUACCAAAGCUUUUGGAAUUGUGUAAGAAUCAGUGUUAUCCAAUUCAGAAGGAUAAAAUUCAGACAGAACAGAUCACUAUGUUGCUGAGAGUGGGACAAUAACUCGAAAAAUGUAUUUUAUUACAGUUAUCAACUUUUGUGAAGAGAAAUUUCUCAGAAACCAUGAGAUGGAAAACAAUAAAAAAUGGAAGUAGAGGGAUGUUUUUUAAAAGGUAUUCUAUGUAUGUCUUAAGAGAAGAAAACAUUCUUGCCCUUUGAGUUUGUUAAGUUUUGAUCAUGUACUAUCUUGUGAGCACAAAUCAAAUUAAAUAUUUAUUUUCCCA